CUACUACCAAUACCAUCACCCUCGCUACUACGAUCUGCCCUCGCAGCGUCAGAAGACUUUUCCCUUGUCGCGUUUUCCCUUUAUCAGUGGUCACAUUCCUCAGUUCAACGCCCAGCCGAGCGUGUCUUACUGCCAUUGCCCCCCGCGUGUCGCAAGAACAUGGGCUUUUCCUGAUAGGGGCAGUGCGCUGACCAUUCAGCUUUUCCUUCUGCUGCUCCUUCAUCUCGCUCCCCUGUUCUCCGCUCGCCUUGUCCCUGCCAGGCUGCCAGCUUGCCCAUCCAGGAAACCAGGCAAAUAAUGAGUGCCCAUGAAGAUCGGUCGCGAGAUCUGUGAAUUGCUGCGCCUGUGCGAUGGACGCCAAGAACUCCCUUCCUCCUCCCUCCACGGCCCAUCCUCCGGCGGCCGACCGCUCUCUACCCAUCUACCCCAUCGUCUCCCGGCCUGCUCCCUGGGCUCACGACAGCAAUAAUACCCCGGCUGUACCCCAGACCUACCAUCAUCACCAUUAUCCGCCUCCUCAUUCCCUCCCUCCGCCGUCUUCCGCGCUGCCGCCGCCCGGGCCCGGUCAUGCGCCUCCAACGUCGAUAGCCUCUGAGCCUGACGCGACCAAUGCCGUACCACCAGUUGGCGGCGAUUCCAGCCGUCAAGGCUCGGGGAAACCGGCUACAACCAAAGUCCGCAAACCUCGGAAGCAGGGGAAUGCAUCGCAGGGCCGUUCGACCCUUUUCUGGGUCCAUAACGACCCGCAAUCGGUCGCGGAGGGCACUCGAGAGGAAACGCUGAAACUCAUUCGGUCCCAUGUUAUGUCCGAGCAUAACCGCAAGAAAAGACUCGAGACGAAUAAACGAUACAAGAGCAAGACUUGGAAGCAUCUCGCGUUCCAGCCGGUGGAGACGUCCGCUUCCAGCUCGUCGACCACCUCUACCGGCGCGACGGCGUCUCCCGCCGAGCUGUCCCAGCAGCCUUCACGUACGGCAUCGCGGCACUCUCCGCGUCCUGGUCAACGUUCCUCAUCCUCCUCAUCAGACUCGCCGACUCCAGAAGACCGGCCUAUAAAUGAAGAGCCGGAGCAUGCCGAUGCGGGCCCUGAAUAUUCUGUGGCAUCAGAGGGCCCAGUAGUCAAUUACGGUGUUCAGGACGGGAGCCAGGCCCUUGCUGUUGUCCCGGAUCCGUCGCCAUAUACAUAUGUCGGACAAGGGACGGGUGAUCCUUUCAAUACGAUACAUACACCACUUUCAGAGCGCAUGUACCGGCAUCUGCAGCACUUCUUGUGCAAAUUGACGCGACUCGCAUAUCCACUCCAACGUCGGUACGGCGCGAAACUAGAGGCCCAUUGGGCUUCCCUUGUUUCGCAUGAUCCGGCCUCAUUGCACGCUUGUAUUUGUGUCGCUGCAACGAAUUCCGCACUCGAAUCCGGCGAGUUCCCAUUGACAGACGAGAAGAAAGGGUCGAGCGUGCUGCUUCUCGACACGUUCCACCACCGCGGUGAGACUAUCCGACUAGUCAAUGAGGGCUUGUCCGAUCCUAUCAAGGCCGCUAGCGAUGAGCUGAUCGCUGCGGUGUCAGUUUUAUUGACGGUUGAGAUUGCAACCGGUGACCCAGACUAUCUGAAGAUCCACCUCGCCGGGCUAAGGCAGAUGGUCGGGAUGAGAGUCAGUUUUGCAGACGUCGCGGAUGAUGUCCGAUUUCAGAUAUCAUGGACUGAUAUCCGAGUUGCUUGCAUGUCCUUGACCAAACCUAUCUUUCCAUUCGUCCGCUAUGCCCGCCCAAAGAACUUUACCAUUACCCCCCCAACAAAGGAGCUGGAAUCGACCGCAUCCAGCUUGAUGAGCUUGAAUCAGAUACCCGGCGUCUUUGGUGAUGCCAUGUCCAAAAUCAUCUACGACCUGACGGAUCUCGUCUGGUACGCGGAGUGGGUCAAAGGUGGUCCACAGGAGCAAGACUUUGACGAAGAAACCGAGUGCUACUAUAACACGGAGGUGCUUUACGUCGAGUAUGCCCUACACAGCGACCGCUAUACAUCGUCAGGAGAAGUCAAAGGGGACGCAACAAUCGAAGGCUGUGUCCGCCUGGCGUGUCUCUUAUUCCACAACACCGCCAUCUGGGACUUUUACCCGCAGAUCGCGCCAGUAUUCCCCAAACCGAUAAUCGCCCUGCAGUUGGCUCUUGAGUCAACCAUCCGCGCAGGCUGCUACCACCUCUGCCGCGGCCUGCUGAUUUGGCUGCUUUUCGUCGGGGCCUGCAGCACCCGGUUGCCGAACCAGCGGCCAUUCUUUGUCAACGAGCUUGCUUCAGCGGUGCGCCUCCAGGGCAUCCAGUCGUGGCAGGAGCUCCGCGCCGUCCUGUUCGGCUACUUCUACGUCGACCGGUGCUAUCUGGGCCCGUUGAGGGCAUUGUGGGACGAAAUCCAGACGACGCCGGCUUCGCAUCAACAUUGUAUAAACGGUUGAUAUGAUUAUAUAUACAGGUAUCUAUCUAGCUAAUGAGACAUGGUAUGAGAUGAGCCAUGUCGUGACGAAUAUACUAUACCCUCACUGCGCAUCGCAUCGACUAUAUUAAGUGGAAUAAUAAACUACGGAGUGAAGCUUGGAAAUUGGAACCCUACAGGAUCUGCCUGAUUAAAUAGCACAGAAGAUCAGUCAAUAAUUCUCCAAACAAUCGAAGUUGGAUCCAUC